UUGACUUAGAUUUAUGUUUGUGGUUUGGGCUGUGUGGUGAUAUAGGCAGGCAGCAGAUACUUUUGGUGGGUCGGAGUUGGCAAUUCUUGGGCCUGAUAGUGUUGUGUUUUAUCUUUCAUUUUGUCAUAUAUUUGAGAAAGUUUACUUACAGGUUUCCAGUAUGACUCUGGAUAGAAGCAGAAGCCCACCACAAGCCAAGAGGCUUCGUAGCAGUGACCGUGCUUCUUACCGAGACACACCUUACCCAAGGCAUCGUCGAGUUCACCGCCACAUAGCUGCUGAGUGUAACUCAACAACCAUUUGUUGGAACUGUAAAGAGUCUGGACAUCUUGCAAGCCAAUGUCCUAAUGAUCUAGUGUGCCAUAUGUGUGGCAAAAUGGGUCACCUGGCUCGGGAUUGCUCAUGCCCAAGUCUACCUACUCAUGAUGCGAGACUCUGCAACAACUGCUACAAGCCAGGCCACAUUGCUACGGACUGCACCAAUGAGAAAGCUUGCAACAUAUUCAGGUAG